CGAGAAAACGAAGACGAAGAAGACUAUGCUUCUCUUGCAACAACCUCCACUGGUUUCAUCUCGAUUUCACUCUCUCUACUUCCUCACUCACCACCACCACCACCACCACCGCUUCUUCCAACCACCAAUCUCAGCUUUCUCUGCAACCACAUCUGCUUCUUUACCAUCAUCAUCUCCGUCUUCUUCUUACUUCUCCUCAUGGAAUGGUUUAGAUACAAACGAAGAAGACGAUGAAUUCUCCUCCGAGGUUCACCGUCGCUACGACUUCUCUCCACUUCUAAAAUUCCUCUCAAGAUUCGGACCAGUCGAGUUAGUUUUGGAUUCAGAAUCGGAAUCGGAAUCGGAAGCUUCACCGGAAACGCUUAAUCCGGUUGAGUUCGAGCUCGUCGAGUCAUACAGAGCAGUACCAGCACCAUAUUGGCACUCAUUGAUAAAAUCUUUAUGCUCAUCAACAUCAUCUCUUGGUUUAGCUUACGCUGUAGUGUCAUGGCUACAAAAACAUAACCUCUGUUUCUCUUAUGAGCUUCUCUAUUCGAUUCUCAUUCACGCGCUUGGUCGUUCGGAGAAGCUUUACGAGGCGUUUCUUCUUUCUCAGAAACAAACGUUAACACCAUUGACAUACAAUGCCUUGAUUGGUGCUUGUGCUCGGAACAAUGAUAUCGAAAAAGCGCUUAAUUUGAUCUCUAGGAUGCGUCAAGAUGGUUACCAAUCCGAUUUCGUUAACUAUAGCUUGGUUAUUCAGUCGUUGACUCGUUGCAAUAAAAUUGAUUCAGUUAUGUUGCAGAGAUUGUAUAAAGAGAUUGAAAGAGAUAAGCUUGAGCUUGAUGUGCAGUUAGUUAAUGAUAUUAUUAUGGGUUUUGCUAAAUCUGGUGAUCCUUCUCGGGCUUUGCAGCUUCUUGGUAUGGCUCAAGCGUCGGGUUUGAGUGCGAAAACCGCUACUCUUGUUUCGAUUAUUUCUGCGUUGGCGAAUUCGGGAAGGACUUUGGAGGCUGAAGCUUUGUUUGAGGAGUUGAGACAGAGUGGGAUAAAGCCUAGAACGAAAGCUUAUAAUGCGUUGCUUAAGGGGUAUGUGAAGACGGGUCCUUUGAAAGAUGCGGAGUUGAUGGUUUCGGAGAUGGAGAAGAGAGGUGUUUCGCCUGAUGAACAUACAUAUAGUCUGCUUAUUGAUGCGUAUGUGAAUGCAGGUAGAUGGGAAAGUGCGAGAAUUGUGUUGAAAGAGAUGGAAGCUGGUGAUGUACAGCCAAAUUCUUUUGUUUUCAGUAGACUCUUAGCUGGUUAUCGCGAUAGAGGUGAGUGGCAAAAGACAUUUCAAGUUCUUAAGGAGAUGAAGAGCAUUGGUGUUAAGCCCGAUAGACAGUUUUACAAUGUGGUGAUCGAUACCUUUGGGAAGUUUAAUUGUCUUGAUCAUGCGAUGACGACUUUUGAUAGAAUGUUAAGCGAGGGGAUUGAACCUGAUAGGGUGACUUGGAAUACGCUUAUCGAUUGCCACUGUAAGCAUGGUCGGCAUAUAGUAGCAGAAGAGAUGUUUGAGGCAAUGGAGAGGCGAGGGUGCUUGCCUUGUGCUACAACUUAUAACAUCAUGAUCAAUAGUUAUGGAGAUCAAGAAAGAUGGGAUGAUAUGAAAAGAUUGUUGGGAAAGAUGAAGAGCCAAGGUAUACUUCCUAACGUAGUGACACACACAACACUCGUUGACGUUUAUGGCAAAUCCGGUAGGUUCAAUGAUGCGAUAGAGUGCUUGGAAGAGAUGAAGUCAGUUGGGCUGAAACCAUCAUCGACCAUGUACAAUGCCCUCAUCAAUGCUUAUGCACAAAGGGGUUUAUCGGAGCAAGCUGUGAAUGCAUUUAGAGUGAUGACAUCAGAUGGACUAAAGCCGAGUUUAUUGGCUCUCAAUUCCCUCAUCAAUGCCUUUGGUGAGGAUAGAAGAGACGCUGAAGCUUUUGCCGUGUUGCAGUACAUGAAAGAAAACGGCGUAAAACCAGAUGUGGUCACAUACACAACACUCAUGAAAGCUCUCAUUCGUGUUGAUAAGUUCCAGAAGGUACCAGGUGUUUACGAGGAGAUGAUAAUGUCAGGCUGCAAACCAGAUAGAAAAGCUAGAUCCAUGUUACGGUCAGCUCUAAGAUACAUGAAGCAGACGUUAAGAGCCUCAUAGAAAUAUAGGAGAACAAUGCUA